GCAUCAACAGUCGCGGGGCGCAGUCUUCGGGGACGUGUCAGCGAGCCUUCGAGCGGACACAAAUGUCCCUCAUAGCGUCCUCAAAGUUUGUGUCCGUGAGAGGCGACGACGCAGAGGAAAUCUAACCGCGGGAGAGGACGCGGAGCAGCGGGAAACACGCCGCGCAUCCGCCGCGGACACCUCGGAGCCGGUGUCCGGAUAUCAACUCGACCGAGGGACAGCGGACCGCUUCUUCACGUGUGUCCCCCCCGACCGCCCUGCAGUGUGGAGCUGACAUACUGCAGUGAGCCUCGACGUUCGAAGCCAGAGUCCCGGCCGGUUUCAAUGGCAUUCAGCCAGAUACAUUAUUAAUGUCAAGCCUAUAAGACCCCUGCCACUUUGAUGUGUGAGCACACCCACCAUUAAUGGCCCAUAGGAUGCGCACGUAAGGAAGUACAGCUGAGGUGUUCAUGUAUCCCGUUCAGGUCAACCGUCAGACUUCCUCCCACAAACACUUCUGACUCAUACGAGAUCCCACAGAGGACGACAUGAGGCUGGUGUGGAAAUCCCUGGACAAAAUGAGGUGUCUGAGGAAGCGCUCCACUAUUCCCUUUCUCGGCUUCCUCAUCACCUUCCUUCUCUUCCUCAACCUCUACAUCGAGGAUGGCUUCGUGCUGGAAGGAGAUAAGAGGCAGCUCAGGGAAACGUCGGUCUGCCCUUCGAGUGCAGCGCGAUACGUUCACACAUUCAGAGACCUGAGCAAUGCCUCCGGAGCCAUUAAUGUCACGUAUCGUUACCUCGCCGGUGCCCCACUGAACCGCAAGAAGUAUCUCACCAUCGGACUGUCAUCAGUCAAAAGAAAAAGAGGGAACUACCUGCUGGAGACCAUCAAGUCCAUCUUCGAUCAGUCCAGCUACGAGGAGCUCAAAGAGAUCGUGGUCGUGGUCCACCUGGCCGACUUCGACCUGGUCUGGUGUGAGAACCUGGUGCAGGAAAUCAGCAGGAAGUUUGCUCACCACAUCAUAGCCGGACGCCUCCUGGUGAUCCAGGCCCCGGAGGAGUUCUACCCGUCUCUGGACGGGCUGAAGAGGAACUACAACGACCCGGAGGACCGCGUCCGUUUCCGCUCCAAGCAGAACGCCGACUACGCCUUCCUGCUCAACUUCUGCACCAACCUCUCCGACUUCUACAUGAUGUUGGAGGACGACGUCCGCUGCUCCAGGAACUUCCUGACGGCGCUGAAGAAGGUGAUCACCUCCAGGGAAGGCUCCUACUGGGUGAUGCUGGAGUUCUCCAAGCUGGGCUACAUCGGGAAGCUGUACCACUCCAGGGACCUGCCCCGCCUGGCCCACUUCCUCCUCAUGUUCUACCAGGAGAUGCCCUGCGACUGGCUCCUCAUCCACUUCAGGGGUCUGCUGGCCCAGAAGGACGUGAUCCGCUUCAAGCCCUCGCUGUUCCAGCACAUGGGCUACUACUCCUCCUACAAAGGGGCCGAGAACAAGCUGAAGGACGACGACUUUGAGGAGGACGCCGUAGACAUUCCCGACAACCCCCCCGCCAGCAUGUACACCAACAUCAACGUCUUUGAGAACUACGACGCCACCAAGGCCUACAGCACCGUGGACGAGUACUUCUGGGGGAAGCCUCCUUCCACGGGAGACUUCUUCCUCAUAAUCUUCAACAAGUCAACCAAAAUCAGUAAAAUUAAGAUUGCUACUGGUUCUGACGACAGGCAGAAUGACAUUCUUCACCACGGCGCCCUGGAGGUCGGAGAGAAACUAGUCGGCACUAAAAAAGGGAAACAGUGUUCCUCUUUUAUCACAUUGGGGGAGUUUAAGAACGGCAACAUUGAGGUGCAAGACGUAGACCACAAAAUCUCCUUUGACAUUGAGUGUGUUCGCAUUGUGGUGACAGCCGGUCAGAAAGAGUGGCUCAUCAUAAGAAGUAUAAGUUUAUGGACUACGCAACCCCCCAUCCAAUGAGGUCCACCCACAAGAGACGCCUGCAAGGUUUCCAUUAGUAUUAUUUAACAAUGUAUGUGUUUACAGGUUUAUUUAUUAAUUUUAUAUGUAUUUAUUGAUACUCAUUUGAUUGAUGAAUCAAUCUAUAGUUUUGUUUUUUAUACCUGAGGGAUACAAUGCUAUCAUAUAUAAGGAUAUAUAUAUAGUGGUAUUGUUUUACAACAUUGGCUUGGGUUGGUUUGGGUCUGUAUAAGUUCUAGGAAAAGAUCAAACGCAGUGAUGAGUUGAUCCCACAAACAGGUGUUUGCGUGUCUCCAAAGGCUGGUAAGUCUUAUUCUUUCGUGCCAUAGAACUCGGUUGGUUGAAAUGCUUCUUCAUCAGAAUAAACUUGGGCUUUUCCGUACAUUUUGAGUGAGCCCUUCAUACAGGGUCUGUAAAUACUCACUGGUGCACCACUACAACACCAAUGUGUAUUAAUACACAGGUAAAAAUAGCCUUAAGAUUUGGGAUUUAUGUUUUAGAGGAAAUAAAUGGACUUUGGCUGAGAUCCACAGACAUGAGAUCAAAAAACUACUUGAGAGGGAAUAAACCAUUUUAAGUCUU